AUGAAACUUCAGGCUCAAGACAGAGUUCAACAUGUCAUGAAACUCUUCUUCAAGAAACUCACUUCAGAUCCAGUUUCGACCAAGGCCAGUGACACUGGACUUCUUCGCGUUCCCAUUUUCUCCCAGAUCGUUCCCCUCUGGACGCGCACAAAGCACAACUUCUAUCUCGCGUUCCACUUGCAGCUUGCAGGAUUCUCGGUCUUCCCCAUACCAUAUCCUGUAGUUCCUAAAGAAGAAGGGAAAACGCAGUCGGAGGAGCAGUCCCCAAUCGAUACGAAAAAUAAGAAGCCGCUCUCAUUCCAUCUUUCCUUCUUCGGAAUGCUCGUUAUGGUUUUUAUCGUGUCUCUUGACACUACUACCCUGGCAGUGGCAACCCCUGUCAUCACUCACGAUCUUGGUGGCACGACACUCGAAUCAUUCUGGGCAAGCAUCUGCUUCAUGCUGGCUGUCUCGGUGGUUCAACCCCUAUAUAUGAGCACAUCGGACGUUCUUGGUCGCAAGAUUCCCCUUUACACUGCAUUUUUCCUUUUCGCAAUUGGCUCCGUCAUCUUUGGCCUGGCUCCGAAUAUGUCGACAGUGAUCGUCGGGCGAACUAUUCGGGGUCUGGGUGGCAGUGGUCUCGACGUUCUCAACGAGACCAUCACGGCAGACAUGACCACUAUGAAAGAGCGUCCGAUGUAUCUCGGCAUCCUUGCCAUUCCAAUGGCCGCUGGAGCUAUUCUGGGUCCAGUUGUGGGCUCUUUGUUUACCCAGUUCGUGUCGUGGAGAUGGAUCGGGUGGAUCAACCUGCCGCUGAUCGGCUUCAGUUUCAUCUUAACGCUUUUCUUCCUACGACUGAAACCGCUGGAGGGAUCUGUCCUAUCGAGUUGGUCGGGUGCUUUGUACACCUGGGGCUCGUGGAGAACCCUUCUUCCUUUAAUCCUCGGCGUCCUCCUUCUCCUUGUCUUCGUUUUCUACGAGCGCAUACCUGAGCGACCGGUUCUACCCUAUCAUCUUUUCAAUUCGGCAACAUCGACCACAACGUUCCUGGGCGGACUUCUCCACGGCUUGAUUAUUUACACUCUGAAUACAUACCUCCCGCUCUUUUACCAAGCCGCUUUUUUCGAAACACCUCUUCAUGCCGCCAUCACCUUAUUACCGAUGAAUAUCCUGACCCUUUUCUUCAGUUGUAUGUCACCGAUCUCUGUUGCCUAUCUACGAAAAUAUCGGUGGAAUAUCUGGUUGGGUUGGGUGUUCCUCACAGUAGGUGUUGGCUUGCUUCUCCUCAUCAAGCCAGAUUCAUCAGUCCCUUUCCGAACUGGCAUGCCAGUGGUGGCCUCCCUGGGUAUUGGCGUACUUUUCACUGUUCUCGUACUCCCCGCGCAGGCAAGUGUGGCAAGCGUGGACGACACGGGCCUCGCCGUGGGGCUACUCGUAUUUUUCCGGUUACUCGGCGGCCUGAUCGGUCUGGCCAUUGGCGCUACGGUGUUCAACAGUGUCUUUGCAAAGUCUGUUAAAGAUUUAGGUCCACUGCCAAACAGUCUGGCGGCGCUGGAGAACAGCCAGAACGCCAUCGGUUUCAUUCCUCAGUUGAAGGAUCUCAAAUCAUCGGUACCGCUAGAGACGUUAGAUAAGAUCACGGGAGUCUACAGCCAUUCAUUUCAUUCGAUAUGGAUAGUACUGAUCGUCUGUGCCGGUGUUGGACUCAUCUCUUCGCUGUUCACAGAAGAGGUCAGCAUGGAGAAGGAAGAACUAGGAAGGCAGCGCUUCGAGCCGUCUGAGUAG